AUGUUCAGACACUCUACUAUCUUGUACCUGCGUCCACUGGCCCUUGCCGCCUACAUGCGUCGAAAGGCUAUUGUUCAGAUACUGCUCGAAUCUGGUCUGGUGGACAGCGGAGAGAUCAGUUAUGCGGCAGACGUUUGCGCCUUCUCUGAGGCUAAUACAAGCAAGGAUCUCCUGGAACUUACCCCAGCGGUGGUGGCAGUCAGACGGAACUUCUUCAACGCGCUGCCGCUCUUAUACGGUAGGCACACCCAAUCCCGUAGACAGUGCUUUGACCCGAUUGAUCUGCACUACGUUAAUAAAAAGCGCGAAAAAGUUGUGCACUAUGAGGACAUUCUGGAGUAUGGUUUGGAAAUGGCCAAAGGUAACCGGUGGAUAAAUCUUUCACGUUUAUUCGACACCUUGGUUCUUCAGUGUUCGGACUUCUUUGCAGCCCAUACUGGUCACUUAUUUUGCCCAAAGCACUCUGGGCAGAAAUGUUCACUGUUUCUACGCAUAGUAAAGUCAUUGGUCUUGAAAGACCCGCUGAGUCGCUUGAGUUUCCAGUUGAUGCAAUCUCUAGAGCGAAUGGUACGUUUGAAGCUAUUCUAUAAGCCGGAAUACCCAAUAAUUCAACCAAAAACGGCCGAAAAUUCAAAAAAUCUUCCACUGGAUAUUCGUCUGAAAGUGAUGCAGGUGUAUUGGCCUUCAUUUUCCUUCUACCUGAAGGAUUGUUUGCUUUCCCUUGCUCUGCUCUUCAAGCUGUACGAAAUCCUGCUAAACAAACACAACAAUCGACUGCUUGUUCCCUUGUGUGAACUUAUUUAUCAAAGUUCGAACAUUCUGGACUGCUGGUCCAUCAUAAAAGCCAAUUGUCCGGGAGAAUUGCAAAGUAUCCUAAAGUUUUUGCUUAACGCUGAGGUUUAUCACCAAACACCGGCAGACCUGGAUGAGUCCAGUCAAGUCUCACUUGGAAUUGAUGAAGAUGCUGCCAUUCCAAGGAGAUCCAAAUCAGCAGAAGGAGUUUCUGCACUAGAGCCACCUUCGGUGGACAUACUGCAAAGGAUUUUAGGCACUCUGAUUAUUUUCGAUGAGGCUGGACGUGCCUCGCUUUCAGGGAAAUUGUAUUACCCUGGAUGCGCCUUCGAGAAGGAAGCCACAGUUUCUUACGCGAAACCCCUGUCUACUCGACUUGACAGUAUAUGCAUCCUUUGCAAACGUGAAGGCGUAGAGACUAAGUCGCCCAUCUGCGCAUCCACGGGCAGACUGGCGUCACCUAAAGGCAAGAGGUUUAUCGUCGUCGAUGUGAGCAAGUCUCCGGAGCCUGCCGAAACGACGUUCGCAAAGGGACUUCGUGGUGAAAUGGCGAAGAACCGUUGUUUGACACAGCUCGUGCCAGAACUUUUUAAGGGUGAAAGCGAGGAGGGCCGGGAGGCGGCGACUGACGGACACUGUGAUGGAGAUCGCCGCCCAGUCGAAAUCCUACCUACUUCAAGGAUGUUGGUCUCUGACGAGGCUUCCGAGAUGGUCACAUCUGCAAGAGGCUCGUCAAAAGCAUCCUAUCUCCUGUAUAAGCCGCUGCUUGAGGAACCGGAGAAGUCUGUUUUGGAGCAUGCCACGCUGCGAGAGAUGGACCGAGUUAUUGAAAAGAUUGCUGAAAAUGUCACUUCAAUGGGAAUGGGUGAACUAUCUCCCCCUGGCCUCGACGCACUGAUGAUGGAAGAUAUGCUGGAAGAGUACCUGAAUAAAAACACUGCGGGAUUGGAAGUUACUGCUGCCAUGCAUUUUGGCGACCUCAAUGAGAAUGCGGAUAACUUUCUGUUCGAUGGAAAGUUGUCCUCGCUGGUAUGA